AUGGCCAAGGACGAAGAGAUCGGCGUGCGCUCCUUCUGCGCCGCUGGUGGUACGAGAGCCAUGCUUCUUCUCGAGCCUUACCACUUGGUCGCUCUGCUCUUGCUCCUCGUCGCUCCUGGUCGCAGCUUGGCGGACACCGGCGUCGCGGGUCGCAGCGAUGUCCGUCCGCAGUUCGCCUACAACGGCUUCGCAGGCGCAAAGCUGACGCUCAACGGCGCGGUCGAGGUCAUGCCGAACGGCCUCCUCAUGCUGACCAACGGCACCAUUCAGACGAAAGGCCAGGUCUUCCACCCGUCCCCUCUGAUGUUUCGCGCCGACGCGAACGGCACCGGCGCCGUGCGGUCCUUCUCCACUACUUUCGUCUUCGCCAUCUACGGGCAGUACGCUGACCUAAGCAGCGCCGGCAUGGCCUUCUUCGUCUCAGCGUCCGUGGAGUUGCUCUCCACUGCGUCGCCAGGCCAGUUCUUGGGCCUCCUCAACGACACCAACAAUGGCAACCGGAGCAACCACAUCUUCGCCGUGGAGUUCGACACACUCUUUAACGACGAAUUCCACGACAUCAAUAGCAACCACGUCGGCGUCGACGUUGAUAGCCUGGUGUCGCUCGAUUCCACCGACGCCGGGUACUACGAUGACGGCACCGGGCCGUUCAUGAACCUAAGCCUGGUAAGCCGGAAGGCCAUGCAAGUGUGGGUGGACUACGACAGCACUACAACGAAGAUCACGGUGACCAUGGCUCCCCUUGGCGUGGCCAGGCCCAAGAAGCCCCUCCUGCAGACCACAGUCGACCUCUCGGGUGUGGUGCAAAGCACGGCGUACGUCGGCUUCUCAUCGGCAACGGGCAGUCUGUUCGCACAGCACUUCGUCCUCGGCUGGAGCUUCGCGCUGGAUGGGUCAGCACCGGUGCUAGACAUCUCGACGCUGCCAAACUUGCCACCGGCCUGGCCCAAGCCACGGUCCAUGUCCAUAUCACUGAAGAUAAUUCUUGCCUUAGGAUCGAUGACGUUGGUUUCAGGAGGCAUGGGAAUCUACAUCUUUGUAAGACGGCGUCUCAAGUUCUCCGAGGUGCAUGAGGACUGGGAGGUCCCCUUCGGCCCGAACCGAUUCUCUUACAAGGACUUGUUUCAUGCAACCGAGGGGUUCAGUGACAAAAACCUACUUGGGAGGGGAGGUUUUGGCAGUGUCUAUAAGGGUGUGCUUCGAAGGCCUGACAUGGAGGUCGCCGUGAAAAGAAUGUCACAUAGUUCAAGGCAAGGAAUAAAGGAGUUCAUCGCUGAGGUGGUGAGCAUUGGUCGUCUUCGACACCGAAAUAUCCUGCAACUGUUGGGCUACUCUAGGCGUAAAGGUGAACUUUUGCUGGUUUAUGAGUACAUGAAAAAUGGUAGCCUUGACAAAUACCUACACAAUAUAAAUGGCCUAGUUUUGGGUUGGCCUCAGAGGUAUUGGAUCAUCAAAGGUGUGGCCUCAAGCUUGUUCUAUCUUCAUGAGAAAUGGGAGCAUGUCGUCAUCCACCGAGACAUAAAGCCAAGCAAUGUGCUCUUGGAUAGUCGGAUGAAUGGGCGGUUAGGUGAUUUUGGUCUUGCAAGGAUAUACGACCAUGAAACCUCCGCUCAAGCCACCCGUGUGGCUGGCACCAUUGGAUAUCUUGCACCAGAACUCAUGCACACAGGGAGGCCAACACCCUUCACCGAUGUAUACGCAUUUGGCAUGUUUCUCUUGGAGGUCACAUGUGGUCGUAGGCCAAUCUUCACCGACAAGCAAAAUAAUAGGGUAUUGUUGGUGGAGUGGGUACUUGAGCACCACCGGGAUGGCUCAAUCCUCGACACGGCAGAUCCACGACUCCAAGGGGAAUUCAACAUGGAGGAGGUAACCAUCGCGCUCAAACUUGGUUUGAUAUGCACCUACCCAUUGCCCAAUGUGCGGCCUAUCAUGCGAAAGGUCAUCCAGUACCUCAGCCGUAGUCACUCGCUGCCUGAUUUAUCACCGGCCUACAUAAGCUACACAUCCCUAAUGCAGAACGAAGGGUUUAAUUCAUACAACAUGAACGUGGCAUGUCCUGAGCUCGCAAUUAGUGUUGCCACUGUAUCUUCAGCAACAAUUUUGCGAGACGGAAGAUGA